CAUCUUUGAAAGGUUGUGUCCAGUAACGUCUGAUUACAUCUACUCAUCUGGGAUCAGCUUAGAUGCGAAAACUGAUCUGAAAUAGGUAAACUUUCGCACAUUGUUCACGAAAUUGUGACAGCUCUCAGGUGUGUUUUGGGUGCUUCCACCUAUAAUGGAAAACUCCACUGAGGAUUACAAGAUCCAGUCGUUUGACCAGGAUACACAGAUGCUGCUGAAAACAGCCUUGAAAGAUCCAAGUUCAGUGAACCUGGAUAAGGUAUCCAACAUCAUCGUGGAUCAGUCUUUGAAAGACCAGGUGUUCAGCAAAGAAGCUGGACGCAUCUGCUACACCAUCGUGCAGGCUGAGGCCAAGCAGAGCAACGGGAACGUGUUCAGGAGGAACUUGCUGAACCGGCUCCAACAGGAGUUCAAGGACCGUGAGGAGACAAGGGGGCGUUCGCUGCAGGAGUGGGUCUGCUACGUCACUUUCAUCUGUAACAUCUACGACUACCUCAAAGUGAACAAUAUGCCAAUGGUGGCUCUGGUCCAUCCUGUGUAUGACUGUCUGAUGAGGCUGGCUCAGCCUGAUGCUCUCAUGAACGAGGAGGAGGUGGACUGCCUGGUGCUGCAGCUGCAUCGCAUCGGAGAGCAGCUGGAAAAAGUGAACAGCCAGCGGAUGGACGAGCUGUUCUUCCUGCUGCGGGACGGCUUCCUGCUCCAGGAGGGCCUCUCCUCCAUGGCCCGUCUGCUGCUGCUGGAGAUCCUGGAGUUCAGGGCCGGAGGCUGGUUGCUCAGCAGCACCGCACACAAGUACUACUACAGCGAGAUCGCUGACUAGGACGGCGGGUGCCGAGCAGCUGGCUGGACACCUCUCCUCAGUCACCACUGAUUAUUAAAAACCAGCAAUCUCAUGACAGGACAGCAACAUCCUCCAGGUAAUCAGCGGAGGGGUUUGAAAGGCUCCGGCGGUUCAUAAAGACUUUUCAUUUUUGCUGGAUUGUUCCCUCGGUUUGAAAAUAUUACUAAAAGACAUGGUGCCGUGGAUGUGGAAUGUGCAAUAGUUCAUAAGAAGUUGAAGUUCAGUUAACGAGGUUUAGCCACAUCCUGGUACACUUUGUUUAGAAGGAACUUUUAAUUUUGAUGACAGCUAGAGAAGCUGUAGUUAUUUUUUAUGUUUUUUUUUUGUUUUUUUUUUUAUCUUGCUGGCAUUCCUGUUUUGAGAAAAACAUUUCAAAAGUCCAACUUAUUUUUUUACCAAAUCCAAAAGGAGUUUGACAUUCCAGUCAGACGCAGGAUGAUUUGGUAUUUGCUUUACCUUUUUUUUUAUUGUUGUGACCAAUAUUUUAAUUAACUGAGAAUCUGUAUUUGAAUUAUUUAGUAAAAUAUUUUAAAGUAGAAUUUAAAGAUUUUACAAAAGGUUUGAAUUGCAGUUCAGAGGAAUUUUCUGCCUAAUCUGUCCAGUAGGAAUCCUGUGUUACUGUUUCUUAACCACUUGUUACGUGAGGCCGGUUUUGUGGUUUAAAUUCAGGGAUUUUUCUUUUAUACAUAUAUUUUCUCCUUUUUUUUUUUCUUUUUUUUUUUUUUGUUACGGAAUACAGCGUUCAGCCUUUAAAUAAAAGACCAAAAGAUCGGUUACAGUUCAUAUUUAAACUGUUUCUACUGACAAAUUCAAACGAAUUCAGACGUCGAGUUAUUUUCAGUAACAUCUGGAUUCACAAGUUUGUAAAACAAGUCGUGCCAAUACAACAAGAACAGCCGCGUGUAAUAAAAGUGACUCGACAAAGCCGAAGCUGUUGCUCGGCGUUCAAGGUGCUAGAGGAGGGAUUUUUCCUCCUUUCACGUAAACGCAGGUCAGUUAUGAAUAUGAAGCUGAGUAUUUUUCAUUCAUUCCUUGUCAAGUAGACUUAAAUUCAGGUCUCAUCAGCGCGAGUAACACUACGUAACUGAACUCAGUUUAAUGUUGGAGUCUGUUGAUACCUUUUUGUUGAUUGUAAUCAGUGACGGCUUUAAGGUCUCCAACCAAAGCUGUGCCUGGGAAUCAGACACACAAGUAUAGGACAUACAGUAUGUUAUUAGAGCUGCAACUAACUAUUAUUUUUUAACUAAUCUGCCAAAUCAUUUCUUGGUUAACGUCCAUUGCAAUUUCCUGUAUCCAAGGUGACUCGGAUAUAGGAAAUAUAGGACUUCAAAUAGCUUAUUUUGUCUGACUAACAGUUCGAAACUCAGAGAUAUUAAGUUUAAUAUCACUUAAGACUAAUGGAUUCUCAAAAAUAGUUGCAGAUUUAUUUUCUGUCAACUGACUAAUGGCUCAAUGAUUUCAGCUCUAAAUGUUACGCUGUUUAAAUUAUUACAUCUCCUGCAUGUGUAAUAUGUAAAUAAGACAAAUGACAAAUCAACCACUGAUCAGUCCAGUUAAGAAUGUUUAAAAAAAAAAAAAGGAAAAUAAUUUAACGAAGACACUUUGUCCCACAAUCCUCUUUUCUAGAGCAGCGGUAGAAGAUUUUACGUUUAAGCUCUGGUAUCUGUCAUCACAUUCAGACCAAGCGUAAACAAAAAUGAGGGUAAAAUAGGUUUAGAGAUGUAUUAAAUGGAUCCUAAAGAGUUAAAUUAGGAAGUUUGAGUGCUUUAGACACUAAACGAUGUUUGUUUUAUUACACCGUUGCAACAUUUUUACAUUACUCAAUACCACUUUUUUAUGGUUGGGUUGUACAUUUAAUGCAGAUGUAUUUGUUCUAAUAAAUCUUGGAAGUUUUUUUUCCUUAA